AUGAAUUCUGUUAAUAAAGUGCUAGGUAUAAGUUCAACUUUAUCGAAGAGUUCGAGAUUGAUUUCUACGAGCGCUCGUUUAGGCGCUGACGAUGGAUGGUUUUCAAAGUUGUUGGUACGGAGGAUAGAGCCGACAAAGGAGUCCCACAGUCGUAUGCUUAGUGACAAGGAAAUAAUAUAUGCACUUCAUACACAUAAUAUAAGGCCUGAUUCUAUGGAUAAUUACUUGAAAAAUUAUAAAACUUCUGUGGAUUUUGUUCAUUCAAAAAAGGCAGACAUUGGCUGUGAGCUGGUAGGAUCAUGGACAGUAUCUGUAGGAGAUAUGGACCAGGCUCUUCACCUAUGGAGAUAUGUCGGCGGUUUUGAAAAAAUUGAUAAAGCCAAGAUUUUGUUUAACACUGAUCCUACUUACAAGGCUUUAGAGAAAGAACGCGGACAACUUGUUCGAUCACGCCACUUGCAAUACUUACUUGCAUUCAGUUUCUGGCCGACCGGUGAACCCCGCGAGCCCAGUAACAUCUAUGAGAUACGAUCUUACAGUCUGAAACCCGGUACUAUGAUUGAGUGGGGCAACAAUUGGGCAAGAGGUAUAACUUAUCGCCGCUCACAAAACGAAGCAUUCGCUGCAUACUUCUCACAGGUCGGCCGAUUAUACAAUGUUCAUCACAUUUGGUGUUACAAGAAUCUGCAAGCACGUCGGGAGACCCGAGAGCUCACGUGGCGUAACCCGGGCUGGGACGAGUGUGUCGCGUACACAGUACCACUUAUCCGCGAAAUGCACUGCCGUAUCCUGGAACCAACUGCAUUCUCCCCUACGCAGUAA